AUGGAACAGUGGAGCAGUGGAGCAGUGUCGCUACGUGGACGCAACUUCUGCUGGUUGGGCUUGCAGGAGUUUCCGAACACUGAGAGCUGGCGCUGGCUCGACGCGUCGGAUAACAGCUAUGAUUCCUACUGGCAUUGGGCGACGGGCGAACCCAACAACUUUGGUGGUCGCGACGAGAGCGUAGCUGUGAUGAACUUCAACCUGCAGGAUAUGGAUAGGAAUCUCACGGGCCGUUGGGCAGAUGGACUUUGGUACGACCUCCCUGCACGCUUUUCCCUGGGUCGUGCCAUCUGCGAGUUUGAGGGCACGUGCAAAGCCGGCUGGGACCACUUCAGGGACUCCUGCUACCAGCUCCAAAGAUGGCCCGGGAGUUUCAAGGAGGCCCAAGGCCAUUGCCAGGAGGCAUCAGCUCAUUUGGUCAGCAUUUCUUCAGCAGAGGAGCAGGACUUUGUGCAGCGCCUCUGUGGAUCCAACAUGUGUUGGCUGGGCCUGGAGGAAGCAUCAAAGUCAGAACGCUGGAGAUGGAUCGAUGGGUCCAGUUUGACUUUUGAGAACUGGCAGCAAGGAGAGCCUAACAACUACGGUGGCAUCGACGAGAACCGAGCGAUGAUGAACCUGAACUUUGCAGAGGUCUUGAAGAAAGCGCCCAAGGCAUGGAUCAGGAGCCAACAGGCUGCAGCGUGGCAGAGGGCAGCUGCAGCGGCCCAGGAGUCCCAGGAGCCCAAGCUCGGUGCCGGUGCCAGCUGGACGGAUGGCAAGUGGUACGAUGUGCCCAUGGAUUUUAACUUGGCGUUGCCCAUGUGUGAAGCUCCAACAGCUGAGGAGUGCCAAGUUGGCUGGCAGGCUUUCGGUGGCAGCUGCUACAAGUUAAUCUUCCAUCCUUCAGAUUUCGACAUCGCGGAGGAGAGGUGCUUGGAGCACAACAGUUUUCUGGUGGCCAUCGCAAGCCUGGAGGAAAACCAGUUUGUGCAAAACCUCUGUGGCCAACACUUCUGCUGGAUCGGGCUUCGACGACACCAGAGCUCCACUCGGUGGAGCUGGAUCGAAGGGACGGAGCUGGAGUUCAGCAACUGGCAAGUUGGAGAACCCAACAACUUCAACAAUGUUGCUGAGAAGGUGGCCAUCAUGAACUUCAAUAUGCAGGAGUACCGGCGCAAAGAGCCCUUGGCUUGGGCCAGUGGCCGCUGGUACGAUGUGAAUGGGGCACUGAACUUGCCCAAGGCCAUCUGCGAGAAGCGGAAAGUGGCUGGAAUUUGCGACACUGGAUGGAAAGCUCACGAGGAUUCCUGCUACUUCAAGUUGACCUGGCAUUACAACUUCGACACUUCGACCCUACGUUGCGAGGACAUGGGGGCGGAGUUGGUGAGCAUCGGCACCCUAUCAGAGCAGAUCUUUGUCCAGCAUCUCUGUGGUCAGCAGAUGUGUUGGUUGGGGCUUCAAGAACAUCCUCUGACUGAAGUUUGGUUCUGGAUCGAUGGCACCCCCUUGGCCUACCAGAACUGGCAGGUCGGUGAACCCAACAAUGGCCAGGGCGAUGAGAAUCGCGCGGUCAUGAACAUGAACCUGAACUUUGAAGAAAACAUUGUGCACCAAGAAGUUCGCGAAGAUCACAUUGCGGUCGCGUUGGCCUGCGGUUUUCUGCUGCUCUUUGUGAUCCUGUUGGGUCGCGGCGCCAUCCUGCACAACCGAAGGCGAGGCUUUGGAGGCUUCGUGCCGUCGGUGGAGCAUGAUGAGGACCUUCUGGAGCAACUGGCCCUUUGA